AUGAUAUUUCGAAUAAUUCUGUCCACUCUCAUCACACUACCUAUGGUUCAAAUGUGUAUUGGCAUGAUUCCUCCAGAAGACGUAUCGGUUGGUACAACAUCUGCUACUCUAUCUACUACUCAAGCUUCUCCGAUAACUACUACACAAUGUACUGCGUCAUCGUGCCCAUCAACGACUACAGCGGUAAGAGUGACUCCUGUAAUGGUUUCUCCUGUAACUGUAACCACAGCAACUGUCACAAUGGCUCCCGCGUUGUGCACAACAUGUGAUAUAGCUGCGAUCGCACCAGUUAUGGAAGCCAACACGGUUUUUGAGAAUACAAAUACAGUAGGAGCCGAUGGGUGUACACAAACCAAUGCAAUAUGCAGAAGAACCGACGAUCAAGUGUGUACAGGAGUCACUUUAUCUGCAACAAAUGCUGCUGGGACUUCUACUAUUUCCAGUGCCAUGAAUGCGAAUCAAGUCAGCGGAUUGCUCACUUGUCAGGCUGAUGGUACCUACUCCAGUGGCUCAGUCACAGGAAUCACCAAACUCGUAUGCACUUUUGAUACAUGUGUACCUGCUUGCGCAUCAUGUGACAUAGAAGCUACUAAACCAUUGAUGGACCCACCCGGUACAGUUUUCGGUUAUAGUGAUAGCACCCCUGAUGGCCAAACAUGCAAGUCAUACGUUGUUGCUUGUUUUUACUUCGGUAACUUGUGUGCUACAAUAAAUUUUUAUGCUGAAAUUGGGACAGGAGGAGAACAGGUUAUCGAUACAAUGACCAAUUCAAAUGGCGCAAAAGCGGAAGUUGACUGCGGAAAUGAUGCAAAAUUAACAUUCAUGGGAAUGUAG